UUUAGGAAAUUUUUAAUUAAUUGAUUCUUGUGGCUUUGCUUUCAAAUGAAAUAAUGGCGAAUAUAUUAAGACCAUAUAGAUCUAAUAGUUUGCAGAAGCUACUAGGCCAGAAUAUAUGUUUACGAAAAAGGCAAUACUUUUCAACUGAAGCAUCAGAAAACAACGGCAAAGCUGGACCCAUGGUAUUAGUUGAUAAGGAUGACCAUAUCACGUUAAUUGGUUUAAAUCGACCAAAUAAUCGCAACUCCAUUGACAAUAAAACCGCGCGUUGUUUAAGUCAAGCCAUCGCCAGUUUUGAAGCGGACGAAACGUCGCCGGUGGCAGUGAUUUAUGGAAUAGGGGGCUCUUUGUGCACAGGUCAAGAUCUGACAGAAUUAGAAGCGCGUUGCAAAAAAAGUGAUUUUAACGAGAAUUAUAGUGCGCUCUCUAAUCAUAAUUUUUUACAUAGGCAUUCGAAAAAACCAAUUAUUUGUGGAAUUAAUGGUUAUUGUGUGGCCGAUGGGCUAGAAUUGGCGAUUUUUUGUGAUCUUCGCAUUAUGGAGGACACUGCAGUGUUGGGAUUUUUUGGCCGAUGCAUUGGGCUCAAUCUAAAGUGUGGGGGAACAGCUAGGCUACCUGCUAUAAUAGGAUAUUCACGAUCAAUGGAUUUGUUGUUAACGGGUCGGCGCGUGGGUGGCCAAGAGGCUCUUCAAAUAGGGUUAGUAAAUCGUCUAGUAGCUACAGGUACGGCGCUUGGGCAGGCAGUAAAUUUAGCUUUUUCCAUUGCGAAAUUUCCUUUAAAAGCCCUUCAAAGAGAUCGUAACAAUUUAUAUGCAAAUCAUUACGAACGGCGCAAUGGUUUUUGCGCAGCGAUAGGCCAUGAAACUGCCCCAAUUCAUUCUAAUAUUGUAAACGAAAUUGGAGAAGGUGUAACAAGGUUCAAAAAUUCAAAAACAAAUGGAUCGAAGAUAGAAUCGUGGCAGGUAAAGCCGAAAGCUUUACAAACUUGGGAAAAAGAAGAAGAACUUCACGAGAAACGGUUUGCAUUAAACGCAAAUACGAUUCAGAAUAAUUGCUGACUAAAAUGCAUAGCUACCGUUUUCACUCAGUAGUCUUGGAAUUGGUCCAAGUUACAUUUCGGCUUACGAGUAAAAUAUAAGUAUCUACCUAUACUUUUGAAGCAAAUAUAUGAUAUAAAAAUAAUACACUUGUUGUUACCAUAGAGGUUUCGAAUUUUUCGAACAAAUACUUGCAAGUAUUUUACUAUUAGUUAAAAAAAAAGAGUUUUAAAAAAAUGUUUUCCUUUUUUUCUUCUAAAGGGAAAGUAUGUAUGUUCCGUUCCAAAAUAUGUACGUGGUAGCCAAAUCAUAUGGUAUAUUUGUCCAUGCAUUUUUGGAGUUAUAAAAAAUUUUUUAUAUAUAUUACGAAGGAGUUUGUUUAAUUCAAAAACGUUAUAUAAAACUACACAUAUCAAACCAAAAUAAUUCUACUUUCAACCAACAUUGUACAAAAUUGAACGAAAAAAGUAUGUGAUUAUUCUAUAA